AUGCAACCACUAUGGCCACCACGAGCACCACCAAGUGCAUGGCAGUUACAGUGCGUGGAACAUCCUAUUGUAAACUUGACUGAGCUGAAACCAUGUCCAGAUCCAUGGAUGAGCAAGAGCAGUGGAGCCAGGGACAUACCACCGUCGACACAAUACGCUAUUGGUCCUGGAAAGAGUGACAAGUUUCUGGACCUUUAUGAGGGAAGUGGAUCAAGUUGGAGGUUAACAAAAUGUGGAACACCUGGAAACAUUGGCAAUUUUGAAGAUAUUCUAUUUGCAAACAACGACAUGCAAUAUUCCCCGGUUAUUGUUGCAUUCUUUCCUGUCUUCUGUGAACGUCAGCUGUAUGUAUGGCCUAGUUAUGUGGAUAUGACGAACCGAAAGCUUGGGUUGGCUGAGUUCCCUGAAGAUAGUAGAUUUGUAAAUAUGGAAUCAGCCCUUGUUGCAUUAGGUUGCAAGGAUUGUCUUCUUCUGGCAGAUUUUGAAAAAUCAAUAGAUUUGCAAGCUCUUCAGGAUGCUAUUAUCAAUUGCAGUAUUCUUCUGACUAAAAGAAAGAAGGCUGAAUUUAAAUCUAGGGAUCUUGUGCAGGAUCUUGUUAGAAUAAUCAGAAGUUAUGUCGAGCCAGUUCGUGACCUCCUAUCUCAGUUUGACUAUACUUUGGGUGCCCUUGGAGCUCUAGUAUUAUAUGCUGAGUUGCUAGCAGAUGAUACUAAUUAUGGAAAUUACACGAUUGAGAAAUACAAUUUGGACUGCUAUAUACGACUUGAUUCUGCAGGGGUGCUAGCAUUGGAUAUUGUUGAAGGAAAAACUGAUGCAAACAAAAAUAGGUUGUUUGGUUCGAUAAACAGAACUCACACUGCUAGGAUGGGGCAUCGAGUACUUAACAAAGUGCCAAAACAACCUCCGCUGGAUGUAAACGACAUAAAUAACAGAUUAUAUAUGGUUUAG